AUGGCGACAAAUACUAGAAAGAGAACAGGAGAUGAUUCUCUAGAACUUUCUACGAAAAGGUUACGAAUUGAUGCCUCGAGUUCUCUGCCAGCGGCAGAUGUACUCGAUGGUGAUAAUGAUAAUGAAUACAAGCCGGAGCAAGACCAGAUCUCGGAGGAGGAGGAAGAUACUAUGGAAGCAGCAGAUACACCGAAUACACCAUUUUCACCUGUACCUGGAAAAAAAUUCCCAUCCGAGUAUAAGACGAUUAAAUGUACGUAUGAAGGAUGUACAAAAACAUUCAAUCGACCUGCAAGAUUGGCAGCACAUCUACGAUCACAUGCAAAUGAAAGACCAUUUAUAUGCUCAUAUGAAGGGUGUGAUAAGGCAUAUAUUGAGGAAAAACAUUUGAAGCAACACAUCAAGGGAUCUCAUACUCACGAACGAGAAUAUACAUGUGAUUGGGAAGGGUGCAGUAAAAGUUUCUUGACGGCCACGAGGUUAAGAAGGCAUAAAGACGCUCACGAAGGCCAUGAAAGGUUCAGAUGUACAUCAUAUCCUCCCUGCAAUCAGACGUUUCGAAAACAUCAAACACUCCAACGCCAUAUUCGUUCCGACCAUCUCGAUUUGGCUCCAUUCCCAUGCACAUACAUCGAUCCGAUUACGAAUGAACUCUGCAAAGCAGGAUUCGAUGCUUCAGGUGGCCUCAAAAAGCAUAUGGAAAGAACUCAUGGAGCAGCCACGUUUCUAUGCGAAGAAUGUACAGUACCAGGAAAAUUCCACGAAGAUGGUACACCCGUACCGUUAGCUUUCACAACGAAUGCCAAGUUACAAGCACACAUCAAGAAAGAGCAUGCAAAUUGUAUGUUCUGUGAUCGAAAAUGUUCCAGUCAACAACUACUUCAAAAACAUAUCGAUACUCAACACUCGGGCACUACACUUGAAGAACGUAAGAAUAUACCUUGUGAAUAUCCGGGCUGCCCGAAGACCUUUACCAAGAGAGCAAAUCUACAAGUUCAUAUGCGCACUGUACAUGAUGGACAGCGUUUUAUUUGCGGAACAUUUGAUGUUUCCCAAACUCCCGACCUCGCAUCUUGGAACGGAAGCGAUUCAUGCGGUAAAGAUUUCGUAUCGAAAGUUAAUCUUGAAGAUCAUGUUCGAACACAUCAUCUCGGCUUACCCAGUGUUUUGAAUGCGAGAGGUAGACGGAAGACUGAUUCACAAACUAGACGUUCUGCGAGAAGGGCACCCGAGCAAACCGAAAUUGAGGAGUUAGCAGGUUAUGAUGCCAGAAGAACAAUUGAUUGUGUAGUUCAGGGAUGUCCUCAUAAAUUUAUGAGAGAUUAUGAUUUCCAUGAACAUAUGAGAAUUCACCACCAGGAUGUCGGUUUUAUGGAUGGCCAGAACGAUAUGAAUCUAAAUAUCGAUAUGAGUAUGAUGGACCAUUUCCCUUAUACAGACAAUGGAGGAGAACUACCAAGUCUAGAUUUCAUGAAUGAUGGUACGGGGAUGGAUAUAGGUGCUCUAGACAUGGGAAUGGAUUUGAUCGAUCCGGCAUUACAUACACCCAACUUCAAUCUAGAAGCAUCGGCAUCGGGAUCAGCAGCAGCCUCCGUAGCACCUUCAAUCAAUGGAUGGGAUACCGCAGAUGUAGCUGCAGAAAUAGAUCUGGAUUGGGACUUUCAAAGACAGCUAUUGGAAGGAGGACGAUUUUGGAUUGGUGGAGAUGAACAGCAGGCUCCCGGGGGUUCACAGGAGUGGUCACGAGAUCAGGCAGAGAUGAGGAGUUUGAUUGAUUGA